UGUCCCUCCCCCUGCACGCCGCCCCGGGGCCACCCGGGCCUGGCCUCCCGGUUCGGCUCCCGCUUCGCCCCGCGCGUGGGACGGCGGCCCAGGGCGAGCGUCCUCUGCCUCCGGCGGCUUCCCCUGGCCCCGGCGCCGCCCCCGGCCACCCACGCCCCCCGCUCCGCGUGCCGGGCCGGGCGGGUGCUCCUCGGAGUGCCGGGCGGUGCGCCGGACGGGAGACCCAGUGGAACCUGUUGCUCGGAGAGGACGCUGCCCGCGGCUCGGGUCACCUGUGGACGCGACCUCCCGCGUCGCUGGCGGCCGCAAGGGCUGGGCGCCUCAGGAGCCCCGAGCCGCCGCUGCCCAGCGGAGGUGCUUGACGCCGGCCCCGCGGCGCGCUCCGCGGCGGCUCGCUCUGUGUUGACCGUAGAGACUAAUUGCACACGUGCGCCGAGCCUGCUUCAGGGAGGUAGCUUUCCAGUUGGGGGCCGGGCGUUAAGCUGGUGACAACUGAGCUGCUUCAGACGGGAAGAACUCUGAGCUGAGCAGUGGAGGCUCCCCUGGAUCUGGAGAGAAGAGGAAUCCCUGGAACCAGUAAUGAGCCAUCCUGACUACAGAUUGAACCUCCGGCCCCUGGGGACCCCAAGAGGUGUCCCCGCUGUGGUUGGUCCACAUGGUUUCGGUGCUUCACCAGGUGACAAAAAGUCAAAGAACAAGUCCACGCGAGGGAAGAAAAAGAGCAUAUUUGAAACCUAUAUGUCCAAGGAGGCGGUUUCAGAAGGCUUGAAGAGAGGAGCACUCAUACAGGGUGUACUGAGAAUCAAUCCAAAGAAGUUUCACGAAGCCUUCAUUCCUUCCCCGGACGGUGAUCGAGAUAUUUUUAUCGAUGGGGUUGUUGCUCGUAAUAGAGCCUUAAAUGGGGAUCUGGUGGUUGUGAAACUGCUUCCCGAGGAGCAGUGGAAGGUAAUUAAACCGGAGAUCAGUGACAAAGAAACAGAAGCUACCUACGAGUCUGAUCUCCCUGAAGAGCUCUGUGGACACCACCUCCCGCAGCAGUCCCUGAAAGGCUAUAAUGACAGUCCUGACGUCAUUAUAGAGGCUCAGUUUGGUGACAGUGAUUCAGAAGAUGGACAUGGUGACACACAAAAUAUGCUGAUUGAUGGUGUUAAGAAACUUUCGGUUCGCACUCAGGACAAGGGAAAAGAGGAUGCUAGUGCACCAGUUACAAAAGACGAGAGCACCUCCAUGUCACAAGACACAAAAGCUUUAUCAGAGAAGUCGCUGCAGAAAUCAGCUAAGGUGGUUUACAUCUUGGAGAAAAAACACUCUCGUGCAGCCACCGGCAUCCUCAAACUGUUGGCUGAUAAGAACAGUGAGCUGUUUAGGAAAUAUGCCCUGUUUUCUCCCUCAGACCACCGAGUGCCUAGAAUUUAUGUACCUCUCAAGGACUGUCCCCAGGACUUUGUGACCCGGCCUAAAGAUUAUGCCAACACAUUGUUCAUCUGCCGCAUCGUGGACUGGAAGGAGGACAGCAAUUUUGCACUGGGGCAGCUGGCUAAGAGUCUUGGGCAGGCUGGUGAAAUUGAGCCUGAAACAGAAGGGAUACUAACAGAGUAUGGUGUAGAUUUCUCUGAUUUCUCCUCAGAAGUUCUAGAAUGUCUCCCUCAAAACCUGCCCUGGACAAUUCCACCAGAGGAACUUAGCAAGAGAAGAGAUUUAAGAAAAGACUGCAUCUUCACCAUUGACCCAUCAACUGCCCGAGACCUCGACGAUGCCCUCUCCUGCAGGCCACUGGCUGAUGGCUCCUUUGAAGUGGGCGUCCACAUUGCCGACGUGAGUUACUUUGUUCCUGAGGGGUCCCAUCUGGAUAAAGUGGCCGCUGACAGAGCCACAAGUGUCUACUUGGUUCAAAAGGUGGUCCCCAUGCUUCCCAGGCUGCUGUGUGAGGAGCUGUGCAGCCUCAACCCCAUGACGGACAAGCUGACGUUCUCAGUGAUCUGGACGCUGACCCCUAAGGGCAAGAUCCUCAAGGAGUGGUUUGGCCGAACCAUCAUCCGCUCCUGCACCAAACUGAGCUAUGAGCAUGCACAGAGCAUGAUCGAAAGCCCAACUGAGAAGAUCCCUGAGAAGGAGCUGCCCCCCAUUUCCCCAGAACACAGCAGCGAGGAGGUGCACCAGGCCGUCCUGAACCUGCACAGAAUCGCCAAGCAGCUUCGCCAACAGCGCUUUGUGGAUGGCGCACUACGUUUGGAUCAGCUCAAGCUUGCCUUCACUCUGGACUCUGAGACCGGAUUGCCUCAAGGAUGUCACAUCUACGAGUACCGCGACAGCAACAAGCUCGUGGAGGAGUUCAUGCUCUUGGCCAACAUGGCCGUGGCCCACAAGAUCCACCGCGCCUUCCCCGAGCAGGCCCUGCUGCGCCGGCACCCUCCACCCCAGAUGAAGAUGCUCAACGACCUGGUGGAAUUCUGCGACCAGAUGGGGCUGUCCAUGGACGCCAGCUCUGCUGGGGCCCUCAACAAAAGUCUGACCGAAAUAUUUGGAGAUGACAAGUACUCGUUGGCACGGAAGGAGGUGCUUACCAACAUGUACUCCCGGCCCAUGCAGAUGGCGCUGUACUUCUGCUCGGGGGUGCUGCAGGACCAGGCGCAGUUCCGGCACUACGCCCUCAACGUGCCUCUCUACACUCACUUCACCUCUCCCAUCCGCCGCUUCGCGGACGUCCUGGUGCACCGCCUGCUGGCCGCCGCGCUGGGUUACAGAGAGCAGCCGGAAGUGGAGCCGCACGCCCUGCAGAAGCAAGCUGACCACUGCAAUGACCGCCGCAUGGCGUCCAAGCGUGUGCAGGAGCUCAGCGCCAGCCUCUUCUUCGCUGUCCUGGUCAGGGAGAGUGGCCCUCUGGAGUCAGAAGCCAUGGUCAUGGGCGUCCUGAACCAAGCCUUCGACGUCCUGGUGCUGCGCUACGGGGUACAGAAGCGCAUCUACUGCAACGCACUGGCCCUGCGGUCCUACCACUUCCAGAAAGUGGGCAAGAAACCUGAGCUCACGCUCCUCUGGGAGCCGGAGGACCCGGAACAGGAGCCGGCACGGCAGGUCAUCACCGUCUUCAGCCUGGUGGAGGUGGUCCUGCAGGCAGAGGCUGCCGUCCUCAAAUACAGCGCCAUCCUGAAGCAGCCGGGCCCUGAGGGAUCCCUGGCCCCGGAGGUCGAGGACGAGGAGCAGGAGCAGGAGCAGGAGGAGGAGUCCCAUGGUGCCCUGGAGGACUGAGUGCCAGCCCUGAGCCCCACCCCGCUGGCUUUUAGGAAUAGGACCUUUUGACACCAAAGGGAAUUUUUAAUUUGGUUUUUAACAUCUCAGGGGUCUGUUUUUAUUUUUUCAGUUUAUUUUAUUUUUGCAGCUCAGUUUUUAAAUGAUGAACUGGAGGGGAGAGGGCGAGGCUGGGUGGAAGGCUGAGGCCUGGACAGCACUUCCUCAGGCAGAGAGGGACCAGCCCUCCUAAGAGGCCAGCCCGCUUCUGCCAGGCCACCCACUGCCCUCCCCUGCCCAGGAAAUGGGGGGUUCAGCAAAUCAGUGUCAUGGAAUAAAAUCAAGUGUGCA